AUGGCGAAUCAUGAAAGGAUCCUUCUGAAUUUGGGGGUUUCUCCUGUGAAGAAUUACACAGGGGGGGUUGCGGCUGAUGAUCUCCCUGAUGAAAUGAUUCAUCGCAUUCAAUCUUUCAUGGAUGCCCGCUGUGCCGCCCGAACCACGGUGUUAUUCAAAUCCUGGCGCCUCGCAUGGCUCACGCGCCCCGAUCUCGAUUUCCGAGACCAAGAUUUCCAAUCUCAAUUGAUCGAGUUCCGGGAAUUCGCACUCAACACUUUGCAGAGGUACGAAGAUUCCGAGCUAAGGAUCUACAGUUUCCGUCUAGAUAUGGAGACUAUUCGAGAUCAUCAGCUAGCUAAAGAAUUGAUUAUAAAAGCGCUCAAAUUGGGGGCUACUAAUCUCACGCUUCAAAUUCGGAGAUGGGAUCUUGACUCUUUGUUUAAUUUACCAGAUGAGGUUCUUGAUUCCGAAACCCUAACUGGAUUAUCUGCUCAUGAAUGCCUAAUUGAUCUCCAAUAUGGGAAGAAGGAGGUAAGUUGGUCCAAUCUUAAAACCCUAAGUUUGUCCCAUGUGGUUACAUAUGGUGAUUUAUUCCUCGACUUGAUUUUGAAAUGCCCUUCUCUUGAGGAAAUUACUUUGGAUAGCACCAGAAGCGUGUGGUUUCUUGGUGAACCGAGACGACUUACUCCAUCUUGUGAUAGUAUGAUCCAACUGCAUAAGCUCAAGUCUUUGCAAUUGCAUCAUUUGGAUAGCAGAGACAACAUAUAUAGGCAUGAUUUGUGGCCUAAAUUUCCUUGGCUGAAAGAACUUUUGGUUUGGGGCUACAACUCUGACUAUGACUGGAAUGGCUUAACAAUCUGCAGCCGAUCACUCGAGAUCAUUACCCUACACACGUAUGCCAACAAGAUUACGAAUGGGAAGUUUGAUGUUCCUAAUAUUCGCAAGUUUAAGGUGGUGGGGGAUCAUUUGCCGCAGCUGGAUGAGUUCAAGACAAGUAGUAAAAGGGAAUGGGAGUCAGAUAUACAAAUACCAUAUGAUAAUAGUAUUACUUUGUCAUGGUUCUCUUCGUUGAGCAAACUCUUGAGAAUAUUGAGCCCAUCCCGAAUCUCUCUCUCUCUGUGUAUGGGCUAUUCAAGUGUUACACAAUUAUAUUUUUAUUUUGGAGAUGGCUUACCUAUACCUGCAGUAGAGAAUUUGACGAUAUGGGGUUAUCCCCUAAUGUCCGUUUUCCUAGAUACUUUGUUCUUUUGCUGUGACCCCAAAAUGGUAAUCGUUGAUGCACGCUUUAUGGGGGAGGUGGAUCUGGCAGCUACAUUUCAACAGGUGUCGGAAAAUCUCUUAGCUCAAUCAAGGAAUCCUCCUCAGUUCCAAGUUAUAUAGGUUGGAGCUUUUCUGAAGUGAGAAAGGUCGACUUUCGCUCGUCUAUACCACCUGGAAAAAAAAUACUCCGGAGAGAGCUCAUGAACUUGUUGGUUUUCAAGCUUUAGGUCUAUUCAUGUGCAGAUUAGGAUAAGCUUCACAUUGCAUCAG